CAGAUGUAAACACUAAACACAAGGUGUGAGACGAGCCGUGGCCUGGGACUUCGCUAGGCAUCUGUUUUUCAAGUUUCUACAGAUUUUUCAUCGGUCCCUGCCAAAUAUUUUAACCAUGGCCAAUCACAAUGACAAAAGAAGACAGCUGGAUGACGAAAUGUCGCGGUUUGAGGCAGAGAUAUCUGGUCCUCCUGGCAUUGGGGGUGUGCCGCCCCUCCAGCCCCCGCCGCCACCACCCCGCACUGUCAUUGGCUCCAACACCUUCACACAGAUCCAGCAGCAGCUGCAGCAGCAACACAUUGAGCCACCUGGCACCACUGGCAGCCCUCACAGUGCCGGAAUGUCUGGCCUACCAGCGCCCCCUGGUCCUCCUGGACACCCCGGGCCACCAGGACCCAGGCCACCCGGCACCACCAAUGGCAGCAGUGGUGUGCCACCACUGCCGCCGCCCCCACCACCACCUGGGGGAUUCAUCGGCUCUGAUGUGGGUCCCAGGCAGCCCCCACCUGGCCCCUGCAGUGUGCCACCACAGCAGCAGCAGCAGCAACAUCAGCAGUCACAGCAGCAACAGCAGCAGCAGCAGCAGCAGCAGCAGCAGCAGCCGCAGCCACAUAGGCCUCCACCACCACCACCACCGGGCUUCAUUCCACCACAGCUGAGCCGCCAACAGCUUCCUCCCAACAUGAUGGAGGACGGGUCUCACCAGAUGGGUCCCAUGAUGGGGGGUGGACCUUCAGGCUUCAUGAGACCUCCAGGGCCCCCUAGACACAUGGGGCCACCAGGACCCCCCAGACACCCUGGGAUGCCUGGCCCUCCCAGGCACCCAGGGCAACCCAGGCACCCUGGCCCACCUGGCCCUCCAGGAUUUGGUGGCCCCCAGCACGGCCCACCUAGACCAGGUCCUCAUGGUCCUCCUGGCCCUGACCAGGGACACCAUGGCCCACCCAACCAUAAUGCCCCUGGCAUGGGACCACAAGGGCCACCCAUGCAUGGCCCCCCAACUGGCCACGGCCCUUCCACACAGAACUUUGGGCCCUCAGGCCACAACCAGAUGCCUUCCAACCCCACUGGCUCCCUGCUGGGAGGGCCAGGUGGUCUCCUACCCCCUGGUGUUGGCCCCCUUAGGGGUCACCCUCCUCCCCCACCCCCUCCCCCUGGAGUACUUCAGGCGCAGCAGCAGCAACAGCAUGGCCCAAACCUUCCUGGCACUCCCUUUGUGCCUCCAAUCAUCUCCAAGCCACCGGCCAUCAUCAGCUCGGCCCCCAAGCUGUACAGCUCCCAGCCGGUGAAGCACGAGGCCAAGCCAGCUGACCUGCCACCACCUGUCAUCGGCGUGAGUGUGCCGCCACCUGCUAUGGUGCCACCUGACUCCGGCCCAGAGCCAAAAAAGAAGAAGAUGAAGCCAGACAUCCCCAACACACCAGCGCAGACAGCAGCAUUCCUGACUCAUGCACAGGAGAUGGCAGAGAAGGUGCGAGCCAGUACAGUGACAACAGUGGCCCGGCCUGAGGGACUGAAUCCCCCACAGGCCGAGGAGAAGAAAAAGGAAGGAAAGUCACGUAACAAGAAGAAUCUGAGGUGUGCAGGAGGCCAGAUCUGGGAGGACACUUCACUGGGGGAAUGGGACCAUGACGACUUCCGGAUCUUUUGUGGUGACCUUGGCAACGAUGUGACGGAUGAGCUGCUGACACGGUACUUCAGCCACUUUGCCUCCUUCGCCAAGGCCAAGGUGGUUAGGGACAAACGCACCAAUAAGAGCAAAGGUUAUGGCUUCAUCAGCUUCUCCGACCCGCAAGAUUACAUUAGAGCCAUGAAGGAGAUGAAUGGGAAGUACGUGGGUUCGCGUCCCAUCAAGCUGAGGAAGAGCACGUGGAAAGACCGCAACGUGGACAUGGUGCAGAAGAAACAGAGGGAGAAGCAACUACUGGGCCUCAAGUAAACACACACACACACACACACACACACACACACACACACACACACACACACACACACACACACACACACACACACACACACACACACACACACACACAC